UUCUCUCAAACUUUUCCUCCAUCAAACUCAACACGAAGCCGCGCGAGAGGACAGCGCGGACUGCACAGCGCGCGCGGCGGGAUAUCAAACUUUCAGAUUGCACGGAAAAUGAAGCGGCUCCUGCUCGCGCUGUUGACCGUUUUUCUGUGGCACCGGUGCCGUGCCCAGCAGAGAGGACUGUUUCCAGCUGUGUUGAACCUGGCGUCCAUGGCAGAUAUAACAGCUAAUGCUACCUGUGGUUCAACGGGUCCAGAGAUGUUUUGUAAGCUGGUGGAACAUGUACCCGGCCAGCCUGUUAGAAACCCUCAGUGUCGAAUCUGCAACCAAAGAAGCACAAAACCAUUUGAGCAUCAUCCCAUAGAAUAUGCCAUAGAUGGGACCAACCGUUGGUGGCAGAGUCCCUCCAUCAAGAAUGGGAUGGAGUACCACUUUGUGACUAUCACACUGGACUUGAAACAGGUUUUUCAGAUCGCCUAUGUGAUCAUAAAGGCAGCCAACUCACCUCGCCCGGGUAACUGGAUCCUUGAGCGUUCAAUAGACGGUGUGACCUUUGAACCCUGGCAGUACUACGCCAUCACAGACACGGAGUGUCUGACACGAUUCAACAUUAAUCCACGGACAGGCCCUCCAUCUUACACCAGAGAUGAUGAAGUUAUCUGCACAUCCUUUUAUUCAAAGAUUCACCCUCUGGAGAACGGAGAGAUUCACACGUCUUUGAUCAAUGGCCGUCCAAGUGCAGAUGACCCCUCCCCGACCCUGCUGAACUUCACUUCUGCCCGCUACAUCAGGUUGGUGUUUCAGCGAAUCAGAACGCUGAACGCCGACCUCAUGACUCUGACUCUCCACGACCCCAAAGAUGUUGAUCCCAUUGUGACAAGACGGUACUACUAUUCCAUUAAGGACAUCUCAGUUGGAGGGAUGUGUAUCUGUUACGGCCACGCUAAAGCCUGCCCACUCAACACUGUUACAAAGAAGUUUAGCUGUGAAUGUGAACACAACACAUGUGGGGAGAGCUGUGACCGUUGUUGCCCUGGUUACCACCAGCAGCCCUGGAUGGCAGGAACCUUCCUCACUCGACAUAUCUGUGAACAGUGCAACUGCCAUGGCAAGGCAGAGGAGUGCUACUUUAAUCAGACGGUAGCAGACUUAUCACUCAGCCUGGACAUCCACGGCAAAUACAGAGGGGGUGGGGUUUGCAUUGGUUGUCGUGACAACACUGCAGGCAUCAACUGUCAGACCUGCGUCCCUGGAUACUACAGACCUGUCGGGGUGAGAGCUGAGGAGGAGAACCCUUGCAUCCCCUGCUCAUGCGACCCACAUGGUUCUGCCAGCCAAUCAUGUGUCGCAGAUUCAAGCCAGGCUACGCCCACCCAGCCAGCAGGGUCAUGCCGGUGUAAGGAGGGUUUUGGGGGCCUGCAUUGCGACAGGUGUGCUGUUGGUUAUAUGGGCUACCCGUUCUGUGAGCGCUGUAACUGCAGUGUGGAAGGCAGCACAAACGAUGACCCAUGCAUAACACCCUGCGUGUGCAAGGAAAAUGUAGAGGGAGAAAACUGCGACCGCUGUAAGCUGGGAUUCUACAAUCUCCAAGCUGACAAUCGACGUGGCUGCGAAAAGUGCUCCUGUAUGGGCGUUGCCAGUCAGUGCACUGCCUCCACCUGGACCUAUCAGAAUGAGACCACACUGACAGGCUGGCACCUGGUUGGAGACACAGGAGGGAGAGUAUGGUCUGUGCACAGACAGACACCUCCAUAUCUGAGCGUCCGACACUCAGACGUAGUGAAUGAUCUCGGCUCCGCCUACUACUGGAACGCACCUGGACUGUACCUGGGAAACAAGCUUUCAGCCUAUGGAGGGAUUGUGGUCUACACUGUGUCUUAUACAACAGACCAACAAGACCAAAUGGCACUUAGAGUCACCUCUGAACCUGACCUAAUCAUAGAGGGUGGCGGGAUGAAGAUUGUAGACAGAAGGUUUGGCCAGCCGCUGUACCCACCCUCGCCAAGCACCAAUCAUAUUGUUCUCCUUCCAGAAAACUUCCUGGUUUCAGACACAGCGCAACUGAUUAGUCGGAGGGAUUUCUUGUCUGUGUUAGCCAACGUGACCCGGGUGAUGGUCCGGGCCUCGUACAGCACAGAACCCAGUGCUGUGUACAGACUCCACUCAUUCUCAAUGCAGGUCGCAAAUCCCACUGCCAGAGAAGACAGGAGAGCAUCGGCUGUAGAAAUGUGUUCUUGUCCUCCUGGAUAUGCUGGGACUUCCUGUGAAGCAUGCGUUCCUGGUUUUCGGAGGGUUAAUGGAAUUCUGUACAACGGUGUGUGUGAAGCUUGUCAUUGCCAUGGACAUGCUACACAAUGCCACGAGGUCACAGGACACUGCCUGGAUUGCUCCCACCGCACCACUGGCCCUCACUGUGACACCUGUCUACCUGGCUACUAUGGUAACGCCACCCGUGGGUCACCUGCAGACUGUCAGCCCUGUACCUGUCCACUCAAUCUUCCUAGCAACAACUUCAGCCCCACCUGCCACCUAGGUGAAGAAGGGGAGUUGCUGUGCGACCGGUGUCAGCCUGGAUACACAGGACCACGAUGCGACAGAUGUUCCAAUGGAUACUAUGGCAAGCCCACUGUACCAGGAGGCUCCUGCCAGCCAUGUGAUUGCCAUGGCAACCUGGACUUAUCCGUACCUGGCAGUUGUGAUCCAAUCACAGGCCAGUGCCUGCGCUGUCGGCAAGGUUAUGGCGGGGCGGCAUGCGACAGUUGUGCCGACGGUUACUAUGGAGAUGCUGUCGUAUCAAAAAACUGCCAACCCUGUCAGUGCCACACUAAUGGCUCAGUAUAUGAGAUGUGCAAUAAGGAGACUGGACAGUGCGAGUGCAAAGAAAAUGUGGUUGGACGACAGUGUGACGAGUGCAUGCCUAACUGCUGGUGGGAUGCUGAGCGUCAGGAGUGUGUGCCCUGUCGCUGCAGCCCUCACGGCUCUAUGUCUCAGCGCUGUGAUGUUGAGGGGCGCUGCAUCUGUCGCGCCGGCUUUGUGGGCCGACGCUGUGACCUGCGUCGCCAAAGUUACGAGAGGCGAGAGACGCGCCGGCCAGUGGAGCGCAUUCCUAUAGAAACUGUGCAGCAGAGAUGGGUGGGGCCGUCCCGCACAGGGGGUUGUCCCAGGGGCGCGUACAGGCCCAAGACAGGGCCUGAGACCCAUGGCCUCACCACGGGUGGACAGUGUGUCCCGUGUCACUGUAAUUCAUUUGGUUCCAAGUCGUUUGACUGUGAUGAAAACGGCCAGUGUCGGUGUCAGCCGGGCGUCACCGGACCCAAAUGUGACCGAUGCUCACGUGGAUUCUUCAACUUCCAGGAGGGCGGCUGCACACCCUGUCAGUGCAGUCAUGUGGGAAAUAACUGUGAUUCUAACACAGGACAGUGUAUCUGUCCUCCCAACACUGUUGGUGAGAGGUGCGACCGCUGUGCUCCAAACCACUGGGGCCAUGAUAUCAUAACUGGAUGCAAGGAGUGUGGCUGCAGUGUGGUCGGCUCGGUGACCCAGCAGUGUAACGUGAACACGGGCUGCUGCUCAUGUCGAGACUCCUUCAGGGGAGAGAAAUGCAAUGAAUGUCAAAUUGGAUACCGAGACUUUCCUCAGUGCAUCCAGUGCGAGUGUAGCGUCUCAGGAUCGGACAGCCAGACCUGUGACCUGGAGAGAGGAGUGUGUGCCUGCGCUGAUCGAACGGGAAAAUGCAGCUGCAAGGCAAAUGUGGAGGGAGACAACUGUGACCGCUGUAAGCCCGACACAUUUGGGUUGUCGGUACGAAAUCCUCUGGGCUGCAGCAAGUGUUACUGUUAUGGCCUCACACACUCGUGCACGGAGGCACAGGGACUGAUCAGGAUGUGGUUAACGCUAAAGCCAGAGCAGACGGUGCUCCCCCUGGUGGAUAAAUCCAACACUGUUGAGACGAGGAGAGGAGUGAGCUUUCAGCACCCUGAGAUCAUCGCCCAUGCAGAGCUGGUCACCUCAACGCUCUCUGAACCCUACUACUGGAAGCUGCCGGAGCAGUUCAGAGGCUCUAUGAUCACAGCAUAUGGUGGCCAGUUGAAAUAUGCAGUGUACUAUGAGGCCAGAGAUGAAACUGGUCCUUCCUCCUACGAGCCUCAGGUCAUCAUCAAGGGUGGUCCAAACCGGAGCAUCGUGAUGACUCGCCACAUGACAGGACUCCAGAUCGGUCAGCUCACCCGCCAUGAGAUCGACAUGACAGAGCAUGAGUGGAAGUACGCAGAUGGCCGGUCCAUGACUCGAGAGGACUUCAUGGACAUUUUGUUCUAUGUGGACUACAUCCUAAUUAAGGCAUCACACGGCAACUUGAUGAGACACAGCCGUAUUUCCGAGAUCAGUCUAACAGUGGCGGAGGAAGGACGACCGACCAAAGAGAGUGAGAAAGCCCAUCAGAUAGAAAAAUGUGACUGCCCAAUGGGAUACUCUGGACUUUCGUGUGAGGAGUGUGCUGCAGGUUUCUACCGUCUUCGCAGCGGUUCCCUGACAUCUGCUCCAGCGUCCAGAGUGCCCAUUGCUCCCGGCAUGGGCAGCUGUGUUCAGUGCCAAUGCAGUGGGCACUCUUCCACCUGUGACCCAGAGACAUCCAUAUGCCAGAAUUGUCAAGACAACACAGAGGGUGAUCGAUGUGAACGCUGUGCUCCGGGAUUCUAUGGAGUGGUCCGAGGUUCUCCUGACGACUGCAAACCCUGCGCCUGCCCCCUUACCAACGUGGAGAACAAUUUCAGUCCUACCUGCGUAGCAGAAGGAUUUGAUGACUACCGAUGCACCGCCUGUCCAGAGGGAUACGAGGGCAAAUACUGCGAGAGAUGUGCCACUGGUUACCACGGUAACCCAAGGAUGCCAGGUGGACGCUGCGAGGAGUGUAAGUGUUCCAUGUGGGGGGCGUUGCCCGGACCAUGUGACCCUGUCACGGGCCAAUGCCGUUGCAGGGUCGGGGCAUCGGGGAAGUCGUGUGACCAGUGCAUGGACAGGCAUGUGUGUGGACCAGCUGGAAUCAUCUCCUGUGAUGACGAGUGCUCAGGUCUGCUGAUCAGUGAUAUGGACCGCCUGUAUCGCAUAAUCACUGAGGUCACUCUGACCACACCCCUCCCUCCACCUUAUAAGGUGUUGUACCGCUUCGAGAACAUGACGGAGGAACUCAAGCACAUGCUGUCGCCUCAGAAAGCUCCGGAGAGAUUACUGCAACUGGCCGACUCCAACCUAGGAUCACUGGUUGUUGAGAUGGACCAGCUACACAGCAGGGCCACUAAGGUGUCUGCUGAUGGGGAACAGGUUGAGGAUGAUGCUGACAGGAUUCAUAAACGAGCUGAGGACCUGGAACAGUUCAUCAGGGAUACACUGCUGGGAGCUAAAGACCUCCAGUCGAAGGCUGCUGAGUUGAACCAGACUCUCUCGCGGAGAGAUGGAACUCCAGACAAAAGCCUGAAGGAGAUGAAGGAGGAUAUCCAGACCAUGCUAGCCGAGAUGAGAAAACGACAGCUGGGAGGGAAGAAGAGCAUCGCUGAGGAGGAGAUGGACCUCGCAGAGGAGUUAUAUCAGAAAGUCAAGAGGUUGUUUGGCGACCCGCAUCAGGCCACAGAAGACCUGAAAGCAGAGAUAAAAGGGAAGCUCUCAGACCACGAGGGGAAGCUCCAGGAGGCCGAGGAUCUGCUCCACUCUGCCCAGGGAAAGACGAGGCAGGCUGGCUCACUGGCUGAGCAAAACCAAGCUAACCUCACAGCCCUGGAGAGGAAGCGCUCAGCGGUCAGUGCAGUGAAACAGGAGGCACAGGAGAUCCUUGGGGAAGGAGAACGUCUACUGGAUGAAGCAAACCAGCUUUCUGACAACAUCAACAAAGAGAUAGAGGACUUGGAGGAGAUGGAGAGAGAGCUGGGUCCCCUUCAUGACCAGCUGGGUGAUAAAGUCAGCCGCCUCACCAGUGGUUUAGAUGACAGCCUCGCUAAUCAAGUGCACAAUGCAGAGGAACACGCCAAGCAGCUGAAUGAAUCUGCUGCCAUUUUGGAUGAUAUUUUGGCAGAAGCUAAAAACCUCUCCUUCAAUGCAACAGCAGCCUUCAAGGCCUACAGUAACAUUAAAGCGAAUGUUGAUGAAGCAGAGAAAGAGGCAAAGGCAGCCAAACAGAGGGCGAGUGAGGCACUGGCACUGGCUUUAGGUCCAGAGAUCCCAGUAAAGGAUGCAGCUCAAGGUGCCCUUCAGAAGAGUCAGAGACUGCUGAACCAAGCCAGACAACUGCAAAACGAUGUCAAAGAGAAUGCAGAUAGUGUGGCCGAGCUGAAGGGCAGAGUUAAUGCAGCAAGAGACAAAACCAAAGACCUGCUCAAGGCUGUCAAUGGAACCAUGGCAACGCUCAACGCCAUCCCCAACGAUACAGCAGUGAAGCUAGCUGCCACAAAGGCUGUAGCAGGCGAUGCUAAUGCCACAGCCAUAGAUGUCCUCGAGCGCCUUGGAGAUCUGAACCUGCACAUCCGUGGCCUACAGAGGAACUACAGUGAGCUAGAGGACACUGUGAAUGCAGCAAAUCAGAUGAUCCAGGAUCCCGAGAAAAACACCAUCAUCCAUGCUGCAGGAGCUAAAGUGAAGGAUUUAGAGGAUGAAGCUGAUAGGCUGUUGGAGAAGCUGCAGCCAAUCAAAAAGCUACAGGACAAUUUGAAGCGAAACAUCUCACAGAUCAAGGAGCUGAUCAACCAAGCAAGGAAACAGGCUAAUUCAAUCAAAGUGUCAGUGUCAUCAGGUGGCGACUGCCUACGUAGUUACCGCCCUGAUAUCAGGAAAGGGAGGUACAACACCAUCGUCCUUCAUGUUAAAACCACAACACCUGAAAACCUGCUCUUCUAUCUGGGAUCAGCCAAAUAUGUUGAUUUCUUGGCCUUAGAGAUGCGUAAGGGGAAGGUGAAUUUCCUAUGGGACGUGGGUUCAGGUGUGGGGAGGGUUGAAUAUCCCCAUCACACCAUCCAUGAUGGGAACUGGCACAGAAUAGAGGCGUCUCGCAAUGGGUUGAAUGGUACCAUAUCAGUAUAUCCUCUGGAAGGCUCUAUGGCUGGUAUGAUGCCGACCCCGGCCAGUGCCAACUCGCCCACAGCCUUCACCAUCUUGGACGUCGACCAGAACGCCUACCUGUUUGUAGGAGGAAUACUCGGCACUGUCAAGAAAGCAGACGCAGUAAGAGCAACAACAUUCAUAGGCUGCAUGGGGGAGACGUUCUUGGAUGGUAAACCCAUUGGACUGUGGAACUACAGAGAAAGACAAGGAGACUGUAAAGGAUGUGUGGUCAGUCCGCAGCGCUCAGAUGGUGAGGGAAUAGUCCAGCUGGAUGGCGAGGGCUACGCCGCGGUGGGACGGCCCACAAGGUGGAACCCCAACGUUUCCACUGUCACCUUUAAGUUCCGCACUUUCUCCUCCGAUGCUCUGCUCAUGUAUCUUGCUACUGAAGAUAUGAAAGACUUCAUGUCCCUGGAGCUGUCAGAGGGCAAGGUGAAGGUGAAUUUUGACCUUGGGUCAGGGGUUGGCUCGGCCAUUUCAGCUAACCGCCACAACGACGGAAGCUGGAAGUCCCUCACCAUGUCGAGGAACAAGAAACAAGCCGUGGUGACUGUAGUUGACAUCGAAAGCAGUGCUGAGGAGAAGAUUGUGGCCACAUCUCAGGGUUCAGCUACUGGUCUGAACCUCAAGGAAAACCAGAAAAUCUAUUUUGGAGGAUUGCCAACGAUUGAAAACUACAGCAUGACAGCCAGGCCAGAGGUCACUCUGAAACGGUACGCGGGCUGUCUCCGGGAGAUUGAAGUCUCCAGAACUCCAUAUAAUCUCCUCAGCAGUUCCGAUUAUACUGGGGUCACUAAAGGAUGUAAUGUAGAGAACCUGUACACAGUGAGUUUCUCUAAGCCAGGAUACAUGGAGCUGGGUGGACUGUCUCUGGCGAUCGGCACAGAGAUCAGCCUGUCGUUCAGCACUCUGGCAGACACCGGGACCAUACUGCUGGCAGUAGGCGGAGCCUCACCAAUCAACCAGCAGGCCCGGAACACAAACCUCUUCAGCUCCAAGAGGAGACGCAGACAAUCAGGAGAGCCCUACCUCUCUGUCAUGCUGAACAAAGGUUCUUUGGAGGUUUUGGUGUUUACUGGCAGCCACAGUCCACGUCGUGUCAUCAGACGACCCGAGCAAGGCAUACUGAAUGAUGGGAAGGAGCACUCUCUGCGCAUUGAGAGGCUGGCUGGCAGAUCCUUUGCAGUUCAGGUUGAUGAGGAGACCAAGAGGGAGGCAACGCUUCCCAAUGACCAGCCAAUGAGCUUGCAGCGUAUCUUCCUUGGUGGUAUUCCUGCAGAGGUAGAGCAGACGUCCAACAGAGCCAAUGUCCCAUUCCAAGGAUGUAUCUGGAACCUCAUGAUCAACGCUGUUCUCUCAGACUUCUCCCGGCCCGUGUCCUUUGAGAACGCUGAAAUCGGCCAGUGUCCCAACCUUGCCCCCCCACCACCUCCACUUCCUCUGCCGGAAGAGGAGGAGCCCGAGAAGGAGAAGGAGGAGUCGAAGCCACUUAGUCCUCCACUGACCCCAGCCCCUGUUACACCGCCUACGGGGCCUUCUGCAGAGGCCACUCCCCCUGCCCCACCUGCUGCAUCCCCAACCGCUGCUAAACAGGACCCCACCGCUGACUUGGAUUCAUGUGCAUCAGCUGUGGCGCCGACAGCGCUCGAGAAGGCCUAUCAGUUUGGACUUACCAGGAACAGCCACAUGAGUUUUGCCUUUGAUGACACCAAAGUCAGAGAGAGGCUUAUAUUGGAGUUUGAGCUGAGGACAAAAGAGGAGUCUGGGCUCGUCCUCUACAUGGCGAGAAUCAACCAUGCUGACUUUGUCUCCAUACAGAUCAAGGAUGGACAGGUUUGCCUGGGUUAUGACCUUGGUCAUGGAAACAUAUCUGGCUGCGUUCCCUUCUCCAUCAAUGAUGGAAACUGGCACAAGAUCCGUGUGAGUCGUAACAAGCAGAGGGGUCUUCUUGUGGUUGAUGGACGAUAUAGUAAACAGAUGACCAGUCCAAAGAAGGCUGACCUGUUGGACGUGGUGGGAAUGCUGUAUGUCGGUGGAUUACCACAAAACUAUACUACUAAGAGAAUAGGACCAAUUCUCUAUAGUAUCAAUGGAUGCAUCCGUAACCUUAAGAUGGUGGGAGGUGCUGUGAGCGCAAAGGCAGCCACUACAGGACGCUCUGAGGCUGCUGUUGAGGACUUUAAACUGAACAUGGCCACACCCACCUCCAGUCACAUGGUAGGAAGAUGCUUUGUUGCGACGGAGACGGGCACCUAUUUUGACGGCACUGGCUUCUUGAAAGCAGUCUCUUCCUACAGAGUGGGUCUAGAUGUGUCUAUAGCAUUAGAGUUCAGAACCAGCAGAACCAAUGGAGUGCUUUUGGCCGUCAGUAACCAAGCCAACGAUGGACUCGGACUAGAGAUCGUCGAGGGCAAGAUGCUCUUCCAUGUUGACAACGGAGCCGGACGAAUCACCGCGGAGCACAUGCCCGAGGGAGAGGGCUUCUGCGACGGCCAGUGGCACUCCGUCGCUGCCAACAAACUUCGCCACAGGGUGGAACUGGUGGUCGACGGGAAGCAGAGCCAAGCAGAGAGUCUAAACGCGCGCUCCAACACCUGCGACACCAACGACCCCAUCUACGUCGGAGGAUAUCCAUAUGGAGUUCGUCAGGCAGCCCUCUCAAUCAGCACUUCCUUCAGAGGUUGUAUGAAGAAUCUGAAGAUCACUAAGGCUUCUAAGACCAUGGAUGUGCAGUUCAACAAGGCCCUGGAGAUUAAAGGAGUCCAGCCUCUUUCCUGUCCGGCUGUAGCUGCCUAACUGGUACCACAGAGCCUUUUCUUUUGUUGUUUUCCCCUAAUACUUCUCCAAGGAGCCACACAGGUCUAUGAAGUGUGGAGUGUACUGCAUUUUGGCAACAUCUUGGUCUUUGAAGCUGCAGCGGGCAGAUUUGUAUCUAAAAAUAAUCCCAUCCUAUCUCCCUGUUAUCAAUACAGAUCGUGAAAUGUGGGUGAGCGUUCCCGUUGAAGCUCAGGACUAACGCUAACAUUAAUGCUAAUUUUACUACAAGCACUGAAAUAUAGAUGGAAGUUUCAAAUUUCUUGCUACCAAUGUAGCAAGGCUGCCCAGUGCAGUUUUCAAAGAGCAAGGCAGUAAAAAAAAAAAACAACUGUGCUGCAUAAAAUUUUUGAAAUUUUACCCACACAGUUUCAGUAUGAGACCCUGACUUUUUGUACGGUGAAAGACUCUGGUCAAUAAAUCUGUAAUGGCUACAAACUAAGGUCUCGCAGUGUUUUAAAAUGGUUUGUCUGAAGAAAGAAAUAAGUAUUAAGACCUGUUUUGUGGUUACAGGUGCUCACAGUAUUCAGUAAUCCUAUUCUAGCAAGUGUGAUUAUGUGAACAUUAAAUCAGCUUUUGUUUUUUAGUGAAGUCCCUCUUGAAGAGGUAGAACAGGGUAUGUGGAGUCAUUCAUUUAUAUUUUAUCCCUGUUACACAAGUUUCUCUGGAAGCGAAUGAAACACAAUCUAUAUCUGUGUGAUUUUUCUACAUUAGUCCUUCAUAAACCUUGUUCCCCCUUUUUUAGUUAGUUAACAGAAAUGGAUAUUGUAUAGUCAUUACCUUCUCACCAUCAUGUCAGUAAAAUAAUAGAGCUCUCUGUAGAACAGAGGUGGCCAGUGAUCAAGUCUUUAGAGUUUUAAAAUGGCCAAGAAAAAGUUUACACAUCCAGUGGCUCUAAAGCCACAUGAUGGUGAGUAGAUAGUGAGAGCAAUUUAAAAUACCAAUGGGUGCAAAUCUUUCUUCAACAUUCCACAGUUUAUUAUCAAUAGAUUUGACUGAUGUAAUGGGAAACUUCCACGCAAGCUGGAGCUUGUAUUUCUUUCCAGUGAUGGUAAUUUGACGGUACAAGGUUUCUGCAGGACACUAAUGGCUAAUUCUGCAUGGUGUGGCUGAAAAUACGUAAGCAGCUGUUUCUGAAAUAUAUCCUUCAUAGCAUCACA